UCGUCCUAUUUUGGCUGGCAGUGCACACAGGGAGCUGCCCUACAGAGGUUUAUUAUCUUCUAGAGUGAGGAAGCAGGUGCUUCAUCUAGUCCAGUUCCACCAUGGGUGACCAAGCUAUUAGCUUUCUCAAGGACUUUUUAGCUGGUGGCGUUGCUGCUGCUAUUUCCAAGACUGCAGUGGCCCCCAUCGAACGAGUGAAGCUAUUGCUGCAGGUCCAGCAUGCAAGCAAGCAAAUUUCAGUUGAAAUGCAAUACAAAGGUAUCAUGGACUGCGUGGUUAGGAUUCCCAAGGAACAAGGAUUCAUUUCCUUUUGGAGAGGCAACCUCGCCAAUGUCAUCCGUUAUUUCCCAACUCAAGCUCUCAACUUUGCCUUCAAGGACAAGUAUAAGCAGAUCUUCCUUGGGGGAGUAGAUAAACGCACUCAGUUCUGGAGGUUUUUUGUUGGAAAUCUGGCAUCUGGUGGAGCGGCUGGUGCUACAUCUCUCUGCUUUGUCUACCCCCUUGAUUUCGCCAGAACCCGUCUAGCCGCUGAUGUAGGCAAAGGCCCAGCCCAAAGAGAAUUUUCAGGCCUUGGAAAUUGUUUAACCAGGAUCUUUAAGUCAGAUGGUUUCAAAGGUCUCUACCAGGGCUUCAACGUGUCUGUUCAGGGCAUUAUCAUUUACAGAGCAGCCUACUUUGGUGUCUAUGACACUGCUAAGGGUAUGCUGCCUGAUCCCAAGAAUGUACACAUUUUUGUGAGCUGGAUGAUUGCUCAGACUGUCACUGCUGCUGCUGGCAUUGUGUCCUAUCCCUUUGACACUGUCAGACGUCGUAUGAUGAUGCAGUCCGGCAGGAAAGGAGCUGAUAUCAUGUACAAGGGAACAAUUGACUGUUGGAAGAAGAUUGCCAAGGAUGAAGGAUCUAAAGCCUUUUUCAAGGGUGCUUGGUCCAAUGUGUUGAGAGGCAUGGGUGGUGCAUUUGUACUUGUGUUGUAUGAUGAAAUUAAGAAAUAUGCAUAAUUUAAUAAAACUUACACUUUUAAAGCUCUUGUUAUAAUUUGUAUUAAGUAACACAUGCUUUCAGGAGAUAAGAUAGAUAUUUCCUAGGGAAAUUAAGAAAUGAGAAUGCAAUAUGUAUUGUUACAUCAUAAAUGGAAAGUUCUCCAUUUUUAUCAGUUGCAUCCAGUAAAGAGACAGGUAAAUCCACUGAAACCUGUGUACACUUGUUAAAAAUGUAUCCAUGUACAAUAUAUAUUUAUAUAAUGUGUAAUGAAUAUACAAGCCUGUCCUGAUGGUAGUCUUUAUCCACUUAAUUAAUGCUGAAUGUUAAUUAAUAAAAUUCUAAUAAUCUUC